UGUUCGUAAUGUUCGUAUAUACUAUAAUUCAGAUUUUGGAAGUUCGGGGUUGAGAAUUUGCCUCUUUUAGCUCUGCGAACCGGCACCAAGUACUCGAUUGCGGAUUGUUUAAUGUUUACUUAUGUCUUAUUAUUAUUAUAAUUGUUUUUCGUUAAAAAAAUUGUUUCGAAAGCGUUAGGCCAAUUAUUUAUAUUUUAAAGCUGUGGUCAAGUCAUUUGUGUUAAUAACUCAACAUGUCGUUAGUUUGUGCUAUUUCUAAUGAAGUACCGGAGCAUCCUGUGGUAUCACCAGUAUCCGGUUCAAUUUUUGAAAGACGUCUUAUAGAAAAAUACAUCAAAGAAAAUAAUACUGAUCCGAUAAAUGGUGAAGAAUUAACUCUUGAACAGUUAGUAGAUAUUAAAACUGCUUCUAUUGUUAAACCUAAACCUGUAACUGGCACUAGUAUUCCUGCUAUAUUGAAAAUGCUCCAAGAUGAAUGGGAUGCUGUAAUGUUACAUGCGUUUACGCAAAGACAACAGUUGCAAACUGCUAGACAAGAGUUGAGUCAUGCUUUGUAUCAGCAUGACGCUGCAUGUCGUGUAAUAGGUCGUUUGACUAAGGAAGUGACAGCUGCUCGUGAAGCUUUGGCUACACUCAAACCUCAAGCCGGGAUUUCUGCUGGAGAUUCAUCUGCAAAUGCUGGACCUACUACAAUACCACAACCAGCAAUUGCUAUGGAAGCUGCUGGAGUGCCAAAUCAACCAACCGAAGAAGCAGGUAUUACUGAUGAAAUUAUUAAGAAACUACAAGAGAAGGCUACUGUCUUAACACAAGAGAGAAAGAAACGAGGACGUACAGUUCCAGAAGACUUAAUAGACCAAGAAUCAUUAAAAGCAUUUAAAACUUUGGCAUCCCAUCCAGGUCUUCAUAGUGCUAGUGUACCAGGAAUAUUGUCUUUAGAUAUACACAGUGAAGAUACUAGUAAAAUUUUGACUGGAGGAAAUGAUAAAAAUGCUACAGUAUUUAAUAAAGAUACUGAGCAAAUCAUAGCUGUUCUGAAGGGUCAUACUAAGAAAGUCACACGAGUCAUUUAUCAUCCUAAUGAGGAUGUUGUGAUAACUGGAUCACCUGAUACAACAAUUCGAGUAUGGAAUGUUGGUGCUUCUAAUCCUUUAUCUCAAAUAAUUAGAGCUCAUGAAGGUUCAGUAACUGGAGUAUCAUUGCAUCCAACUGGGGAUUAUGUUUUGUCAACAUCUGUUGAUCAGAAUUGGGCAUUCUCUGAUAUCCGCACAGGAAAGCUAUUAACCAAAGUUUCAAGUCAAACGUCAAACAAUACUUUAACUACUGGACAAUUUCAUCCAGAUGGACUUAUUUUUGGAACUGGUACUUCAGAUUCAAAUGUUGUGAUUUGGGAUUUGAAGGAACAAUCAAAUGUGGCAACCUUCUCUGGACAUUCUGGACCAAUUACGGCCAUAUCAUUUUCUGAAAAUGGUUAUUAUCUUGCUACUUCAGCAGACGAUUGUUGUAUAAAACUUUGGGAUUUGCGUAAAUUAAAAAAUUUUAAAACUCUUGUCAUGGAUGAAGGGUAUGAAAUCAAAGAUUUAUGUUUUGAUCAAAGUGGAACAUAUCUUGGUGUUGCAGGAACUGAUGUCCGUGUUUAUAUGUGUAAGCAAUGGCAAGAAUUAAAAGUGUUUAAUGAUCACACAGCAUUGGCUACAGGAAUUAGAUUUGGAAAACAUUCUCAAUUUAUUGCUUCUACAAGUAUGGACAGAACAUUGAAACUGUAUGGGAUUUAAAGCAGAAAUAGUGUCUUAUUAUGAUUCAAUUUUAAGUUAUAAAAACUGUGUAGGUGUAUACUUUUUUUAUUUGCAAUAUUGCAUAAACCAUUUAGACUUGAUAAAUAAAAAAAUAUCUAAAAUCAUGUUUGAAAA